UGUUUGCCCUUUUCCAUGUCUGCUCGACCAUACACCAUGAAUCAAUCUAGAUAGGGGCAUGACGCAGAUCUACCCCUUCCAUAGAACUUCACAUUUAAAUCGUACUUCAACUGAACUGCGUAGAACUGACAUGUAUUAUAUAUAUCAGGUCGUAUUUAGUCAAUUCGUACUACAACUUUGUUACUCUCCCAGAAGCUGGCAAGUUCUGUUGUGUUUGCACAUUUGCCUGAAAUGUUUAUGGAGUUUACUGCCUAUAGGGAGUUUCGGGGGACACGCAUCAGUUCUACGAGGCGUCGUGAUUUCGUCGUACUCGAAAACAUUGACAAUGCGCUUAUUUUUUUUGACUGCUCAUCACGACAAAGCUAUUUUUAGUUUUGGCACGGUCUUCGCCUUCUUUACAAUGGUCUCCUUAAAAAAACUACUGUGUCCAUUUACGAAAACCCAGGUUUCUUUUUUAAGGUUUCACUCUUCUAGCAAUUACUACAAACAGGUGAGAGUUGUUUUAGCUAUUUAGGCGGACGACAUAUACGCUCUGCAACAUUUUACAGAGAUAUCGCUUGCGAAUCUUAUUCCUGCUCAUCCUUUUCCUGCUGACGGUUAUCUAGUCUUCGUGCGCUAAAUUCAACCCGAGUUGUGUGCACAAGCAUAGGAGAGUGCAGUCAGUCAGCUCCUUCCUUUUGUGACAACAGCUUUACUCUGUGGGUUGCCUAUCUGCCUAUCGAACGAAAGAAUAUUGCUAAACAGCGAACGGGGUCCCGGCCAGCUGAUCAACGGAUAUUCAAAAAAUCCGAACGGAGAAACUUGUGGCUGCGUGGCCUUCUAGCUUGCUCGUUCUGUCUAGUUCAGUAUAUGACACCGGUUUGUGUCGCAUUGUCGUCUGAGGCUAAGUACACCAGUCAUAGGUCGAGAGCGAUCUGUCCUUCCUAGAACUAACUAUAUAAAAUGAGUCCAAGAACCCUGUGAUAUCCUGCUGGUCGUGAGUAACAAUGAGUUCUGUGAGUGCCAUCAAAUACUUCUGCUAAAACAACAAGUAGCAGCUGAUUGUUGCCAGUGAGCACUCUCCCUUUACGCUGCAUUUUACAUGACAUUGCUGUGUGAUUUAUGGUAAUUACGGUGCCAAUACCGGUAGAGUUGUGGUCAGUGCGGUGUGUUAAUGUGGGUUACCACAUAGCCUGGCAAGUUCAACCCCAGCAGAACCCGACGGAGAUCUGGCGGCUGGCGGGUGCUGGCUGUCGCUCAAUGGUUUUGAGCUGGCAGUGUCGCCGUCGAUAGCAUCGCAGACUGCAGCCAAUUGGGUGAGUGCGCAAAUUGUGGGAACUGCAGCUUUUAGCCGACGGUAUGUUGGUUGUCCGUGGCCUAGGACGCGGCCUUGCAGUAGUAAACAACGAAGGUGGCAAGGUCCUAUCAUGGCUGACCGCAGCACAGACUACCAGUAACGGUGGCAGUCUACGGAUGAAAGAUCCUCAACGUGUCCAGAAUAAAAUUCAUAAACUCACUAUAGAUGGUCCGUCAUGUCUGCAGCUGCUCACAGACUUCGAUCGGACGCUGUCGCGAACACAUUACCACGGGAAGCCUGUCUCCACAUCCUAUUGUGUUUACGAAGAUAUUAAUCAUGUGUCGAUGGAGUAUAUGCAGCUGGCGACGCGACUCCGUGAGAAGUAUUACCCCAUUGAAAUUAGUCCGAAACUUACCGCUGAGGAAAAGAUACCCUAUAUGAUACAAUGGUUCGCCGAAAGCUUCGACAUUGUGCUUAAGGUAGGGGUAAAUCUUCGGGAAAUGCCGAGUCUUGUGAGACGAGCGGAUCUGCAUUUACGAUGUCGUACCGUAGCGUUAUUUGAGUUUCUAGCGACCAAGGAUGUACCGAUUCUGGUGUUUAGCGCCGGUCUGGGCGAUGUUGUCCGGCUUUCUCUCCAACAACAUGGCGCAUUACUUAAUAACGUUACGGUGCUGUCGAAUUUCAUCGAAUAUGACAAAGAGGGGGCACCACUAAAAUUCAGCGACCAACUGUUGCAUAUGUACAAUAAAAACGCGAAAUUUCCGCCAGCCAGCGAGUACUUCGCCAGUACGCGGAUUCGAAAGCGAUGCAAUGCGAUUCUCAUGGGCGACUCAUUAGGCGACUGUUCAAUGGCUGAUGGCGCACCCGGCAUUUCGCCACCGCCGACAGGUAACAGCACGCUCCUGCGUAUCGGCUUCCUCGACCACGAAAUUGAACAGCGCCUCGAAACCUAUUUAGAUAAUUAUGACAUGGUCUUGCUGGAUGAUCAAACCAUGAACGUUCCUCUAGCGCUGUUCAGGCAAAUCUGUUCAAAAUCAUAACACCGGCUGACUGUUUAGCUAGAAAUUUUCGUAGGAAAAAUUUAGCGGCAGCGCAAUAAGAUGCGGUUGGCAAUGUUACAGUAGUGAUACUUCAUAUUGACUGAGUUCUGGAUUUGCUAUCAGUUGGCAGAAUCAUUAUUAGUGCGUGUUUUGUUAACCAAUCUCGCCACUGACCUGAUAUAUCGUAAUGCCCUCGAGGUCUUGUUACGUUUAUUGUAUAUUAUACACUCGAUGAGAACUUGUAUCACCAAAUCGUGCGAGCGCAUCUCUAAUCGGAUGAGGGAUCUUCCUUCAAUAUUUCGCAGCUAUGGGCGAACUGAUAAUAACCCAACGGUCACAUGUUUGCCGUCCCAAGCGUUGGACAGCGAUAUUAACUGUUUGACAGGAGACACUUUCAAUUUCCUCUGGUAGAAACACAUUGAAAUUGCGACACGGUUUUUAGGAAUUCAGAUAAAACGAAUGAUUACGAUAACAACCUUUACUACUAGAACGCAUUCAGCCAUUCGGACGAUGCUUUAUUGACGACGGUUUGGCGGCUCAAGGGUUGUGCACUGUAGGAAACCUUAUCUAGAGCAUAAAAAAUCAAUAUUAAGAAUAGACUCCAAUCUCAAUGAUGAAAACAACACUUGUGGGGACAAAAACGGAAGCCAUUAAAUUUUAACUCCCGAAAGUACUAGUGCUAUUAUUUAUUUAAUCCCGAUGCAAGUCUUCCGGCAAUAAAUUUUGUGACACGAUAGAGAUAACGAGCAGGGAAUGUGAUUAGCGUAAUCAGUACCAUCGUACAAGACGGCCGAAGUGUGAUAAUAAUCAUCGAUGACUCUGUCAAAAUUGAAUUUCAAGAAAGUAACCAGCUAGAAUUUUUCUGAAUUGUCAACAAAAUUAUCGUCCGUUAAACGCUUCCGUGUCUCACGGCGACCCACCUCUCCCCAUCCAUUACCGUGGUGAAAAGGCGACGGCGUGUCGUUUCCGGGCAGCACUAAAAUCGUGCAGGAAACACGUGCCGUAGGGUGCACCCAGUAUUCUAAUGAGUUCAUUGAGAAACGUCUAAAAAAGUUACAACAACAGCAACAGCGACAGCAACAACAACAAACGACAGCGUCGAUAGACAAAAAAAAAAUAACCACUUCUUCACUAACGCUGAUCCUAGACAUUUGUAUAUAAUAAUACGGGUUGGCAAUGCCAGUGAAGGAUUCGGUCGGUGUGCAUCGGCUUGUGUGGCAGAUGUGAAAUAACAAUUGAAUAUAGUGAAAUGUUGUAUACAUACGAAGUUGGUUGUUUUUAGUUAGUAAAGAUAGACAAUUUUAGAGAAAUGAUAUGCCAUUCCGCUUUGGUAUAAAUUGGGAUAUAGCAUAUAUUGGUUGGCCGGGGUGGUAGCUGUGCAUGCUUGUUGUUUGCUUUAUCUUCUAAGACUGAUCUUCUUCGGUAGAUACGGUUUGUCUUUUGUCAGAUUUUUUUGAAAAUGGGAUUAUAAUAGGGGAUUUUACGUAAAGCCGUAUAAAGCUAUUGUGCUCUUUGUCAUCCUAGUACAGUUUGCACUUCGCACGCUUGUUAUAACAGUAUUUAUCUAUCAUGAAAGUUAUUCAGCGUUCUUUCCACAUCUAUUGUCUAUGUCAAGCAUCGUCGAUUUGGGUUUAAGUCUCACUAGUAACAAGCUACGCAACCAAAUAAAGAGAAAAAAAAAACGCUUUUUUAAAUUCGCAUCAAUUUCAGAUUAUUUCUAUUGCUCGAAUAAGUAUCCUUAUAAUACACGCAGGCGUUAGUGCAGUAGUUUUUGUUUGUUCACUUCAUUCAUUUCUAAAUGUAUUGCUUAUAGAUGUUGACGAUAACGUUUGAUAGUAUAUUGCGUAAUUAUAAAAAUAAUGAUAAUUUUGCUAUGACUAGUGACUUUUCUUGUUUAAUUUGUGCCAAGUUUUUGAAGUAUGCUAUGAUAAUAGACACAAUUUAUUCGCGCUGCAAGUUUAUUUAGAGAAAAAAAUAAUUUAAGCGAAAUUUUGCUGCGUUUGUUCGAUACGAUAUUCUAAUGUCUCAGUAUUUAGUCAUAUCACUGGUGUAAAUGGCCUUGGUCAUAGUUUUCCUGACCUUUUAUCUUGCGAUGUUUUAUAAUUAUCAUAUAUUACAUUCGUGGACAAACGCUGCACGUUAGGUUGGAUUUAGGUAAAAAGUAGCAGGUAGUUCAUCCACUCGUAGUAAGUAUAGGAAUACGCUUAACUGCGAUUCACGAUUCAUAAGUCGUCCAAGGCGAGUCUUAUUCUGUACAAUUUCGUGGUAUCGUGAUUACCACGUUAUCGUGAUCAAAGUAUUUUUUUUUAUACCCUACACCGGUGAGCAUUCGCAUACAAUUUCAGGGAUUCUUGCGUAUUUAUUAUCUCUGUACUAGAACUAGUUAUAUAUAUAUAUAAUUGUGUGUGUCGAUACUACAGAUCAGCUGUGCUGUUUGUAGCGGAAGUUUUUUUUACUACGUUCAGCAAUUGCGGGCGACGAAGAUCUGUGUUAGCACUACACUUUCUAUAUAUUUAGAAUGUUCUACACAAAAUAUACAACAUUCUUAUGUAUACGAUAUUAUAGAAACAUAUAAAGGAGUCAGAACUUAAUAUUAUUAUCGUCCACCACAUAUUGAUAUAUGUCGGCUUUGAUAUUAAAUUCUCUUAGGCAUUAGUGAAAGAUUAUUUGUUACUUCAAAUGUGUUUC